AUGGCCAUAUCUAAAAUCAUCUUUUACGAGGACAGGAACUUCCAGGGUCGGCACUAUGAGUGCAGCAGUGACUGUGCCGACCUGUCCCCUUACUUCAGCUGCUGUAACUCCACCUGUGUUGAGAGUGACUGUGACUGGUGGGUGCUGUAUGAGAAACCCAAUUACAUGGGAUACCAGUAUGUUCUGACCAGGGGAGAAUAUCCUGACCAUCAGCGCUGGAUGGGAUUUAAAAACAACAUCUGGUCAUAUCAGACUUACCCAUACAUACGAGGAUCUUACAGAAUGAGGAUUUACGAGAGGCCUGACUUUGGAGGACAGAUGAUGGAAUUCAUUGAUGACUGUCCUUCUGUCUACGAUCAUUUCCAUUACCAUGACAUCCACUCCUGCCAUGUGGUGGAUGGUUACUGGAUCUUCUAUAAACAUCCAAACUACAGAGGGCAACAGUAUUUCACGAGACCUGGUGAAUACAGAUGA